AAAAUUAAUUGAAUACAAUUGAAUAAAAAUGAUGGCGUCUUGGGUACGAUUGGCCACAGUGUGUGCACGAACCGGCUUUCAAAUUGGCCAGCGGAAGGGAGCUCUGGUGCUGGGCCAUCCGAUCGGCAUAGUGAAGUCUCCUCUUCAGGUGCGUCGUCUUCAUGUCGCUCGCAUGCUCGCCUGCAAGGGCAACGACAAAGAUGGCAAAGGCAAGAAUGAUGAUUGCGAUGAUCCUUGCGAAGUGGAAGACAAGGGCGCCGAUACCUGCGAGGAAACUCCGCCUAAAAUUAAGGAUCCCUGCGAGGUGGCCAUGAAGGCGCUGCACGCCAAGGAUUCGGAAGAAACUUGUGAGUCGGGUGACUCGUCACCAGAGAAAGGAAAGGGAGGCAUAAAACUGGAACACAAGGGUCACAAGGGCCACAUUCACGCUGUCAUUGGACCCGUCAUCGAUGUAUACUUUCCCGAAGAGGUUCCUGACAUACUCAACGCCAUUGAAGUGGAGGAUGCACCCAUUGGGCGUCUGGUCCUGGAGGUCUUCCAACAUCUGGGCAAUAACAUCGUACGCUGUGUCGCCAUGGACGCCACAGAGGGCAUCAAGCGUGGCCAGAAAGUCGUCGACACUGGCUAUCCUAUUCGCGUGGCGGUGGGCAAGGCCGUCCUGGGGCGCAUCCUCAAUGUGGUGGGCGAUCCCAUUGAUGAACGUGGCGAAGUCAAGAGCGAAUACCACUCGUUCAUCCACACCGAGGCGCCCGUGCUCACGGAGCUGAGCGUGAAGCCAGAGAUCCUGGUAACCGGCAUCAAGGUGAUCGAUCUCCUGGCCCCCUACGUCAAGGGAGGCAAGAUCGGGUUGUUCGGAGGCGCCGGAGUGGGCAAGACGGUGCUUAUCAUGGAGCUGAUCAACAACAUUGCCAAGGCGCACGGCGGCUACUCCGUGUUUGUGGGUGCCGGAGAGCGUACUCGCGAGGGCAACGAUCUUUACCACGAGAUGAUCGAGUCCAAGGUCAUUUCCCUCGAGGAAGACACCUCCAAGGUGGUCCUUGUCUUUGGCCAGAUGAACGAGCCCCCCGGCGCCCGUUCCCGUGUGGUGCUGACUGGCCUCACCAUCGCCGAGUAUUUCCGGGACAUCGACGGACAGGAUGUGCUGCUCUUCAUUGACAACAUCUUCCGCUUCACCCAAGCCGGGUCCGAGGUGUCGGCCCUGUUGGGGCGCAUUCCAUCUGCCGUGGGCUAUCAGCCGACGCUCGGCACCGACAUGGGUACCAUGCAAGAGCGCAUCACCAGCACCCGCAAUGGAUCCAUUACCUCGGUACAGGCCGUCUAUGUGCCCGCCGACGAUCUGAGCGAUCCUGCGCCGGCGGCCACCUUCACCCACUUGGAUGCCACCACGGUGCUCUCACGUCCCAUCGCCGAGCUGGGCAUAUAUCCCGCUGUGGAUCCUCUGGACUCGUCCUCUCGCAUCCUCGAUCCAGAUGUGGUUGGGGAGGAGCACUACAACGUGGCCCGAGCUGUGCAGAAGACCCUUCAGGGGUACAAGUCGCUGCAGGACAUAAUUGCCAUUCUCGGCAUGGACGAACUCUCCGAGGAGGACAAGAUUACCGUGGCACGUGCCCGCAAGAUCCAGCGCUUCCUCUCCCAGCCGUUCCAGGUGGCCGAGGUGUUCACCGGCUCACCGGGAAAAGUGGUGUCCAUCGAGAAGUGCGUGGACGGAUUCAAGCGCCUGCUCAACGGCGAGUACGAUGACAUUCCGGAGAUAGCCUUCUACAUGGUCGGCGAUGCGGAUGAAGUGCUGGCGAAGGCGAAUAAAUUGGCCGCCAGUAUGGCCGCAGAUGACCCGCCAAAGUCACAAAAGGGAGCCAAGAAGCCAGAGGCCAAAGACGACAAGGGCGACAAGGGUGACAAGGGCGAAAAGGACGAAAAGGCAGCCACCGGCAAAGAUGUCGCCAAGAAGGAAGAAAAGCCGAAGGAUGACAAGGCGGCAGCACCCAAGGGAGAGGCCAAAAAGGACGACCCUCCAAAAUCCAAAGACCCAAAGGGAAAGGGGGAUUCUCCCAAGGACAAGAAGUAACAACUUCCCAAACAAAUCUGUCUAUCGUAUAAAACCAAAACAAUCGAUAUUAUCGAUAGUCCAUCUUUGGUUUUGCAGCCCUAUUAAACAGCUGUUUCUGCCGGCUGCUUCUUCCGUUGCAAAA